AACUACAAAACUCCACAUGUGUUCAUUCAUAGUAUUGAUGCUUUCAGUAAGAAUCUACAAUGUAAAUAGAAAAUAAAGAAAACUCAUUGAAUGAGAAGGUGUGUCCAAACUUUUGGCCUGUACUGUAUAUUUUAAAAAAAUAUUGUUAUUGCGCAAAAGCGAACGUGAUAUCAGAGAGCAGAAGGAGGAUUAGCGAGGCACAGCUAAUGGCUCAACUGCUCCCCGUUAUUCCUUAAAAAACGAGAAUUAGCUUAUAACGCUUAAUCCACCUUCUUUCCAGAAACCGGCACAUUUUUGGUUAGAGGACACAAUGAGGCACCAGCAGUGCCCUAUUUGCCACGUCACAUACUCGAAUCUUCCUAAGCACCUGACGGGAUUCCACAACGUGGCGAAUCCCAAAGAGAAGGCCCUGCUCCUGAGCCUCUCCAGCGGACGCGUGAAGGGAUUGUUCCGAUGUGAGGAGCCUCAAUGCGGGAAAACGGUUAAAAGGCUCGACAGGCAUUACGCAGAAUGCCACAUUGAUAAAACGUCCGAUGAAGCUAAGAGCAUUGUCACAAGGUGCAAAAAUCAAUACAUCUUGGAACAGCUAGGAAAACUGAGGGAAACCCAUCCCCAAGUGCUGAUGGUCAGCGUGCUGGAUUUGGGCGGCAGGCAGACCACCCAGGAUGACCGAUGGACCCGACCACCCCCCGACGCACCAGAGACAUCGGCGGACCCAGCCUGCAGCCAGGGACAUCAACGGACCUCCCGUUUGCAAGCGGGAUGCCUGGGACUUCUGGGGAAUUCCCGCCUGAAAGCGGAAGUCCUGGGGACGUCCAUAGACAUCCCAACCGACACUGAAACACCUGGAAUGUCCACAGAUGUCAAACCAGAGCCAGCGCCGGCGGAGACCACCCAGGACCUCACACCCAACUGCUCAAACACAGACUGCCAGCGGCUCCUGAGAGAAAAUCAGGAGCUCAAGGCACGUCUGGGUUUGGGUAAGGGAGAAUGCCCCAGGCAGGACUGCCAGCAUAAAAGCCAGGAGCUUUCCAGGCUGGUGCAGCUCUACAUGGCAAGCCCCCAAAAGAAGCUCCGAAAUAAAUUUUCCAGAAAGGAUGAUUUUGAAACAGAGCAUGCCCCAAAAUAUGAACAAGUCCUACAAGACUUUUUUGUCUUCUGUGUCGGGGCCAAUCCUUCAAGCAAAGUGAAAGACAACGGCAAUACCUGCCGGAGCCACGUCCGCAGGUUUCUUUUGUUUGCAGGAGAGGGCAAGCUCCUGAAGGGGGACUUUUCCUUUUUAGCCGACUCAACGAAGAUUGCAGAGUGGGUGGAGGUUCUUAAAACAGACAGAAUGAAACCCACGACCAUAAGAAUUAAUCUAGUAAACAUCCACAAGUUCGUCAAAUUCCUAAACAACCUGCCUGCAGCCCAAACAAAACUCAGUGGGAGGGACUUCCAAAGGAUCCAUGCACAGAUAAAGGCGCGUCUGAAGGAUCUACAGAAGGACGUCACUCUACAUAGUCAAAAGUUUAGAAAGGAGAACAAAAGUUCGAGAAAUAAUGCCGAAAGAACUGCGUAAUGUUAGAAAUAUGCUUUAAAAUUUUUACUCUAACCAAUAACAUUGGCGUAGGAACCGGGGGGGAUAAUAUUUGAAACAGGUGGAUUCCAAUCAUGGAGCUGGUUCAGGGAGAAAGUUCCGCCUCUCAGGAGAAAGAGGCAAUUAGCUUGCUUGUUUUGCGGAGCUCGGAGGAGAGUCUGCUGGUGGGGGGAAACACUCCCCCUCGCUGUGAGUUUUAGCAGCAGCUGAUAUUAAAACUAAUCUGGAUAUACAGAGAUUUUUCUAAAAGAAAGGUAACGGAGCUAACAAUGUAAACUGUGAUGAGCUUGUUUCUGAUAACUGGUUAAAAAGACUCGUCUCUGAAUCAAAACGCACAGAUCAAAUCCUCAGUGCACUUAAUAAAAUACAGCUUGUGAGUUAGUCAGCUUAAUUUAGGAAUUAGAUAGAUAGGGUGUCAGGGUUUAAGGAAAAAAAUAUAUAUAUAUAUGUAAUGUUCAGCUUGCCCAGGUGUACCUGAUCAGCUAAUCACUUUUUCUUUUUCAAAUUGUGUUCAUUAAUUUAGGAUUGCAGGACCUACUGUCAGCUAUAAUGAACAAAACAACUAGUUAGCUAGAAGAUGGGUGUAGUGGAUAGCCAGAAUUUAGUAAAAUAUUUUGUCGGUAGUUUAAAGCAGUUUUUUUUUUUAACCCUGGUCACUGCCUUGGGUGCUACCCACAAA